ACAACAGAAUACAAUACAUUUUCAACUCAAUAACAACGGUUGUACGCGCAUUUAACAUUAAAAGAUUGUGGAAAAAGUAUGUGCAAAUGUGUAAAUAGUGUACGGCUCGUUCUUUUUUGCGCUGCAAUGGACGCGUGUGCUUUAUAUGAUGUGUGCUAAGCCAUUUAAAACGCAAUUUGCAUAUGCUGGUGUGUGUGUGCCCAUCCAAAAUGUAACACCAAUACAAGCAGAUAUUAAACGAAAUUAACCAAAGAAUGAUGACUGCGAGAAAGGUGCCAGUGCAAGUGAAUUGAAACUAAAUUGCGCACAAUCAUCACGUUUAGUACGAGUAUUAUGUGCAGUUGUCUGUGCAGGCGCGCAAAGUUCGGCCAAGUCGUGGACAGCGGAGCCCUGCUGCUGUUGCUCGAUAUAAGGCAUAACGGCAGUGCGGCGGUGCACAAGAAAACGAAAAGAAAAACAAACUAAAACAAGGCCAAGAAGUGUACGAGCGGAAAAGAAAACAAAAAUAUCCACAAAGUGUUGACAAUUAUCGAAGUGCUUCUCAUAGUCCCCCGCCCGCACAUUCCCCCCUCUCGAAUCAAAUUACGUGGCUCGUGGCAGUGGGCAAACCUGCUGCUGCCUGACUGCAACCAUCUGAAUCUGAAUCUGAAUCUGGGUCUACUGUACCGUGAAGCCACCCCCAGUUGACGGCGCAUAACUUUAGAUCCAAUAGGAAAAGGACUACAAGAAUCCCAGGAACAACCACCGAAAUGUCAUCGCUCAAGGUUGCUGUGCGGGUUCGCCCCUUUAACACGCGUGAGAAUGACAUGGACGCGCAGCUCAUCAUGGAGAUGGAGGGCAAGAAGACGCGACUGAGUAAGCCAAGACUGCAGUCGAUACGCGACGCCGGCAGGGACAGUCAUCAUGACUUCACCUUCGACUACUCAUAUUGGUCAUUCGAUGCCGAGGAUCCGCACUUUGCCACCCAGGAGCAGGUGUACAGCGAUCUGGGCAACGAUGUGGUCGAUUGUGCCUACGAAGGCUACAAUGCAUGUGUGUUCGCCUACGGACAGACGGGCUCUGGAAAAACCUUCACGAUGAUGGGCACACCGAACAAUCCGGGCUUGAUACCGCGCAUCUGCGAGGAGUUGUUCAAUCGAAUGCGCGUGGGCCAGGAAUCGGGAACGGGCUAUCGCACACAUGCCAGCUAUCUGGAGAUCUAUAAUGAAAGGGUAAAGGAUCUACUGGCAGCACAGAGCACCGGACACGGGCUGAGAGUGCGCGAGCAUCGGAGUCUGGGUCCCUAUGUGGAGAAUCUGUCGCAGCAUGCAGUGUCCGAUUUCGAUGAGAUUCAGGAGUGCAUCGCCCGAGGGAAUGCGCAACGCACCACGGCCAGCACCAACAUGAACGAUACGAGCAGUCGCAGUCACGCAAUCUUCACGAUCACAUUUGUGCAGGCGGUCUUCAUGAAUGACAUGCCAAGCGAGACAGUCUCGAAGAUCCAUUUGGUCGAUUUGGCGGGCAGUGAGCGUGCCAAUGCAACGGGUGCAACGGGUCAGCGUCUCAAGGAGGGUGCACACAUCAACAAGUCCCUGGUGACGCUGGGCAGCGUCAUAUCCGCUCUGGCGGAGCAGACGAGUGCCGCACACAACAAUUCCACGUUGGCCACAACCCCGAAUAGUGCCAGCAAGCGUGUGCUGUACAUACCCUAUCGCGACUCCAUACUCACGUGGCUGCUGAAGGACAGUUUGGGUGGCAACAGCAAGACAAUCAUGAUUGCUGCACUCUCACCAGCGGAUUGCAACUACAGCGAAACGCUGAGCACACUGCGGUAUGCCAAUCGUGCGAAGAACAUCAUCAAUAAGCCAACAGUCAACGAGGAUUCCAAUGUGAAGCUGAUACGAGAGCUCAGGGAGGAGAUCAACAAGCUGAAGUCCAUGCUAACGGGUGACAUACAAUCAUUGCAGCCAUCGCUGAAGGUACUCGCUGAUCUGCAGAAGAAGGAGGCACAGGAGAAAGUGCUCACCGAAGAGUGGACGGAGAAGUGGAAGGUGGCGCAGUCCAUUCUGCAGGAGCAAAAGAGUCUUGGGCUGCGUAAAUCCGGUGUGGGAGUGGUCCUCGACUCAGAGAUGCCGCAUUUGAUUGGCAUCCACAAUGAUGUGACCACCGGCGUCACCCUCUACAGCCUCAAAGAGGGAGAGACACGCAUAGGCACAGAGGAUGCGGAGCUUGCGCAGGACAUUGAGCUGGCAGGCGAUGGCAUACGCGCACAGCACUGCAGCAUUGUGCUGAAGGGUGGAGUGGUUACGCUGCAUCCCUGGCCCCUGGCCCAGUGCUGGGUGAAUGCCCAUUUGAUUGACGAACCGAAGCAGAUCUCGCAGGGCGACAUCAUACUGCUGGGACGCACGAAUAUCUUUCGGUUCAACAAUCCCGCGGAGGCGGCCAAGCUGCGCAAGGACUUGAGUCGAUCACAGUUGGAUAUGUCGCGACUGUCGCUGAUUACCUCAUCGAAGGAGAAUCUGCUCACGUGCAGCAUUUACUCGGAUGAGGAUGGUGCGUCGCCGUAUAAGCGGCCCGAACGUCAGUAUUAUCCACAGCGUCCCAUGUCGCGGGACGAUCCAGAGCUGCAGGAUGAGAAUCGCAAGAUACUCGACACGAUUGAGAAUGCCUUGAAGCAGUUGAAUGUGGAACGCGUUCAGAUGCACGACCAAUACAAGACGAAGGUGCGGAAGCUGACAGAGGAGCUCAUACGCCUGGAGCAUGAGGAAAUGGAUGGCUUGCAGAUACUAAACUGCCGAGAGCAGGAGCUGGUUGCACGUAAAGAUAUGCUGCUGUGGGAGAAAACCAACGAGAAGGUUCAGAUCGACAUUGUGUGUAGACAAAUUUCAGCGUUUCAGACGCAGCUCGACUCUAAGAAACGCGAUUUCUCAGAGUAUGUAGCUAAAGAAUUGCAGGAACUGCAAGAUUGUGGCAAACUGGAUGAGAUGGGCAUGAAGAUCGAGGAAGGCACUCCUCUCAAUGAUGAGUUGCUGUUGCAGGUCUCUGACUCGUUGGAUCUGUUUGCCGCUCAAUUUAUCAAGGACACUGUACGGAGAAAUAACGAAGAAAUCCGCAAGUUGGAUGAGGAAAUAGCCGAAAAGGAGCGCAUACUCAAUGCAAGCACCAGCAAAAUAGCCAAAGUGGACGAGACCAUGCUGGAAAUUCAAGCUCAAUUGGAACAGUUGCGUGUAGAACGCGCCGAGAGCGAGGCAGAGGCGCAGGCGAUGCGUGCCAGGAAGCAAACAAUGAAGCUGCAGCUCGGCAACAAGUCCAUGUCCAUGUCCACAUCGACCAGCACAAACGAAGCAGACGAUGUGUCCAAAUCGGAUACUUAUGAAACCUGUGAUACCUUCCAUACCGCCCAAUCCAAUUUCUCGCUUGUCUCAUCGCCAACCAUCACGGAGGGCCAACAGACGCCGCUGAGCAAUUGUUCCUGCGAGGCAGAGGAUGAGGCGGAGGACACACGCAAGGAUGAUGACAUUUCAGGCAGCAGCGAAGAUGCCUCACGCACCUGCACUGCCGGCCCAAGCAGCGGCAGUGGCAGCGGUAGUGGCAGUGUCAGCACCGGAAUUGGUGCACCCACAGCAACGCCCAGCUCGCAGGCUAUCAUGAGCGACAGUGGCGUGUGCUUGGACAGUCGAACGCAGGCGCUGCUCCAGAAUGGACACCUCAACAAUUACAAGCAGAGCGUGCGCACCAGUGAUGAGGAUACGGGCUCCUGUUCCUCGUGUGAACUGGGCCGACAUUCGGAUAUGUUGCGUCCCUACUGUCCGCUGCACUCGUUGCGCCGUAAAAUUGCCGCCCAGAAGGCAUUGAUAAUGAAGAACCUCGAGUCUGACCUGAACAAGACGCAGUUGGAUGAGCAGAUUGCCGAUUUGCAGGAUCUGCAGAGACGCUACAUUCAAAUGGAGCAGGAAAUGCUUCAGACUGUGCAGGAUUUGGAAGCGCACGCUCAGUGCUGUGCCGAUGAGCGGUCUGGCAUGGAGCGACAGUACGAGCUGGCCAGCUCCAUUAUGCGAUCGAGUGUGAUGAGCCCCACCAGCAUGGAGGAGUCAACAUCGCAAAUCUAUCCACCCAGCAUGACAAGAUCUUGCCCAUCCAUGCGGGAGUUUCCAGCUGAGGGUGAUCACUUCAUCACGAUACCCUCCUUUGUGAUGCGUGGAGCUGGCAAGCAGACUCACUACGAGUACGAGGUGCGCAUCGCACUGCCCGAUGGCAAACUGAACAUUCUACGUCGCUACAGUCGCUUCCGUGAGCUGCAUUUGUGCAUGAAGCACUGCUAUGGAGCCAAGAUCUCUGCAUUACCAUUUCCACGCCGGGAGCUGUUUGCGUCGAACAGCGAGCCCGUGGCCAAGCAUCGUCGACGCCUGUUGGAGCUGUACUUGCGUCGACUUUUUGUGGUCUGCUCAAAGAUACCACAAUGCCCGAUAUAUGAGGGACCUGGGGGGCCGGGCCUCACGCGUGCCUCCCUCGUACAACUGUCGUCUUUUUUCAAGAAGGGCCUGUUCGAGAACGGGAAGCAUGGGACGGGAUAAUAGUUAACCUACUGCUGAAUUAUCUCCUGCCUACAGUGUGUCUUUUUAUUUAUGUGUACUAUCUGUUAAGCUAUAUGAACGACAACAUGGACCUGUUUUGAGUAGCUAGCUAGCCCCCAAGGAUGUACUAAAUAGAGUAAUUCUCGAAAGAGCGAUUAAUGUGUAAGCCCUUAGCUAUGUAAGACCACCAGUGUCCUUCCUCACACAUACACAUGUUUUUUUAUAUACACAUACAUAUACCAAUCGUUAUUAUGAACUUUAACUGUAAUGGAGCUUUAUAUUAAACACACACAAACACACAAUUGAAACUCGAAAUGUAACUGCCAGUGGCAAUAUGUUGCAAUCACUGAGAUAAUUACUAGAACUAAGUGCAAAAUAUGUCUGUUAAAAUAAUCGCGUUGAGAAUUGUUUAGAUUGAUUUGUUGGCAAAAGGACUAUGUAUGGUAUGAGAUGUUUAUGGUUAUGGCAUGUAUUUUGAGUGGCCCAAGCACUCUUUUUGCUGGGGCAAUUUUAAUUAGUUAAUUAUAUUCCUCAAUGAUAGUUAAAUAUACAAAAUACUUCCGAAA